CUGCGUCUCUCUCUGCCACUCUCUCUGCCUCUCCCCACCUCUCUUUGAAUUUCUCAGCUUCAGUCUCUCGCCCUGGCCUCCAGCCCCCUGCGCCCUGCAGCGUCCGGGUCUCCCUCCCGGGGGUGCUUCUCCCGCCCGCCCUAAUAUCCCUCCGCCUACGGCUCUGGCGCGGCGGGCCGCGAGCGCCCCCGUGUGGUCAUCCGGGGGCUGUCGCAAGAAGGCCCGGAGGGUUGAGUGUGGGCGCCCACAGGGGUGUGCGAGGGCAAGGAGAGACACUGAGUGUCCCUGGGUGACACCGGGGAAUGGCGUGAGACGCCGAGAGAUAGUAUGAGCGUGUACUACCUUGGGAUUGUGCGUGACGCUAGAGGUUGUUGUGUGGCUGUGUGACCUGGGGAGAUUUUGUGACCACCAGACACAGGGUGUGACUGUGAAACCACGUGUUACGCCGAAAGGUUGUGUGCGGCUGUGCCUGUGAGAUGGGAAAGAUCACAUGCAGGUGACUGCGUGGGACCCUGAGAGGCUGGCUCUGCCUGAGACACUAUUCGUGGGGCUGGUGGUGACAUUGAGACUAUGAAGGAACGAGAGAUUGUGUGGCACAGUGUGCAACGUGGGGAGACAUGAGGGCCUGUGUGUGUCAUGCGGGCAAACGUGUGUGACAGAGGGUGAGACAGAAUGAGUAUGACACACCCAGAAGGGGCGUGGGAAGUCGGUGUGACAGGCCCAAGGGGGAAUAGGUGUGACAGAGGGACCGUGUGAGUGUGACAGCAUAUGUCAACCACACUGGUGAACUGUGAGAAGCCGUGUGACUCUGUGUGACACAGAUCAUGUGGGAUAGUGAGACACACAAGGCGUUGUGACAGCCCUCCAGGGGUUGUGUGACCGUGCAGGGCACAAGCAGAUGAGAACAUGAGUGAGAGACCUUGUGCCCGUGUAAGUGUGCAAUACACGAGACUGCUGGGUGAGGGUGGUGACAGCUGAGGGUAACGGGGACUGUGAGGGGCUCAGCAGGAGCUCGUUUGCAUGAUGGGGUGUGUGUGGGGGGACACUCUGUGAGGGAUGGUGUAAGAUUGUGUGUGACACCAGUAGACUGUGCAAAAGUGAGCAUGAGUGUGUAUGUGGGGAUCCCUGGACGUGGGACUGCGUGUCACCGUGUAACACCAUGUGCUGUUGAGUGACAGUGCUCAACAAAGAUGUCGUGUAAUUCCAUGUCCCAGUGUGAGACCCUGACACAGUGAAUGUGUGUGAUGGACACACAUUGAGAGACUGUGUGUGACACGGGGCGAACCUCCGUUUGCACCUUUGAUACUCUAAGAUAGUGUAUCUGUGCUUGUGCCAGGUGGCACUGGGGAUGACGUGACAUCUGACACAUUGUGAGACAUUGCGUGACAUUUUGAGGGGCCGCGUGACUGUGGCACUGUAGGACACUCUGUGGGGAACACCAGGGUGUUGUGAGACAGUGAGGUGGCGGGCACCUGCAUCCAUGUCCAACAACAUGGCCAAGAUCGCGGAGGCCCGCAAGACGGUGGAACAGCUGAAGCUGGAGGUGAACCUCGACCGCAUGAAGGUGUCGCAGGCGGCGGCCGAGCUCCUGGCCUUCUGCGAGACGCACGCCAAAGACGACCCGCUGGUGACGCCGGUGCCGGCCGCGGAGAACCCCUUCCGCGACAAGCGCCUCUUUUGCGUCCUGCUCUGAGUCUUCCCGACAGCUUACCCUCCCGGGGCCAAAGUAUGAAUCCAAUAAACGUGGUGACUGUG